UUACUGCUCCAGACCUGCAGGUGGCGAUGUGACCUUCACCGGAUAUCUGGCUAAAGAAGACAACAUGCAGGGACCUUCAAUAUUUUGCAGUUUGUCAACUUUAUAAAAAUGACACUCUUGGCUCAUUUGCCCAAAUAACCUACUCUGAACAAUCACACAGUAGUUGUCGGUCUCAAGUAGGCCUGUAUUUACCAUGGAGCCUAUAAUGAAUCAGAUUUGGUCGAGAGUCUUCCAGCGCAUCAACAGAACCUCAGUACUUCCCCGGAGGCACCAUUCGGGAUGUGCUGAGCAUGCCACUGUUCCUGCCUCCACCAGACGAAUCAAGCCCACGCUCCUGGUGUCCCGCCUCUACCAGCCCUCAAACCUGCGUGAGCAGGAAAGCCGGCUGCCAGGAGAGAUGACUUGUAAGAGUCAAAGGCUCAUGCAGCAGGCCGGGCUCAUCCAUCCAUCUAACCCCGGUUGUUACUACUACCUUCCUGCCACCGUCCGCUCCAUGGAGAAGCUGGUGAGAGUUAUUGACCAAGAGAUGCAGGGGAUCGGUGGGCAGAAGCUGGAUAUGCCCAGUUUGUGCUCAGCUCAUCUCUGGAAAACCAGUGAGCGCUGGGACUUGAUGGGAAAAGAGCUGUUCCGUCUGAAAGACCGGCACGGAGCCGACUACUGCUUGGGUCCCACACAUGAGGAGGCAGUGACGACUCUGGUCGCUCACCAGGCGACUCUCUCCUACAGACAGCUCCCUCUGCUCCUUUAUCAGAUCACCCGAAAAUUCAGAGAUGAACCAAAGCCGAAGUUUGGUCUGCUUCGAGGGAGGGAGUUCUACAUGAAGGACAUGUACUCAUUUGAUGCGAGUGAAGAAGCAGCUUACGAGACCUAUGAAUCUGUGUGCCAGGCAUACACCAGGCUCUUUGCCCGGCUGGGUCUGCGUUGUGUUCAGGUGCAGGCGGACCCAGGCAACAUCGGUGGUAAACUCUCCCACGAGUUCCAGCUGCCAGCAGACAUUGGUGAGGACCGGCUUCUGGUCUGUGAGAACUGCUCCUUCUCUGCUAAUGUAGAGACCAUGUCAUCAGACAAAAGUGACUGCCCACAGUGCAAAACUGGCACACUGGUAGAGUCGAAGGGUAUAGAGGUCGGCCACACAUUUUACCUGGGUAAAAAGUACUCUCAAAUGUUUAAUGCCAACUUCAGCAAUGCCCAGAACAAGCCUAGUAUUGCAGAGAUGGGCUGCUAUGGUCUUGGGAUAACCCGUAUUCUCGCCGCAGCGAUCGAGGUGUUGUCAACAGAAGAGGGGAUCUGCUGGCCCGGCAUUCUCGCCCCGUACCAGGCAUGUGUUUUACCUCCAAAGAAGGGCAGUAAGGAGGAUGCUGCUUCAGGCGUAGCUGAGGAACUGGUUCAUACUUUCGUAGAGACUUUGCCUCGUUUGAGGGGCGAAGUGGUUCUUGAUGACCGUACACAGAUGACCAUUGGGAAGAGGCUGAAGGAUGCCAGCAGACUGGGCUACCCGUAUGUUAUUGUAGUGGGACAGGGAGCUCUGGAGGAAACGCCUAAGUUUGAGGUGAUCUGUCAGCAGACAGCUGAGACGAUGUUUCUCAGUAAAGAUGGACUGUUAGAUCUACUGGGAAGAGUGGAAACUGUAUGAAUAAAACUCUGAAUGUUUUGUUUUAUUUUAUUUUUGUGUAUACUUUGUGUGUAUGAUGCAGUCACUGAGGUGGUGGGGGAAGAACAUAAAAGCCUUGUAUGCUUUCUAA